AUGGUUGCCGUGGUGCCCCCGAGCUACGAGCUGAGGUGUGGAGGAGAACGAGGAAAGAUGGAGGAAGGAAUUGGGAACCUGAAGAAUGUAAUCCGGGCCUUUCGUCUGUUUGACUACAACCGAGACGGACAUGUCCAGCAACACGAGCUGUGCAGGAUACUGGAGAACUCCUGCUUCCCCUUGUCACAGAGAGACUACCAGAGACUGUGGACCCACUAAAGCCCUAACGACAUGGCAACAAUGUCCUACAAAGUGUUCCUGGAGAAGCUGGGCCUGGAAUCUAUCAAGUACAGGAAGUUUGUCCCGGAGCCUCCAAAGCUAGCACUGCAAGCGUUUGAUGUCACCCACUCUGGACUGGUGUCACAGGAAGACCCGAGGGCCAUGCUCAGCACCUUCCUGUUUCCCAUGAGCCUCAGCACCUUCCAGAGCCUGUUACCAAUUCCCUGCUGGCCCCAUCUGAGCCCAGCCCAGGUCAGAGAGCUCCUGAUCCUGCUGGACCCAGAGCACACUGGGGUCAUUACCCAGCCCAGCCUGAAGCUGCUCAACCCCAGGAAGGUGCACUCUGCCCCGGGGAGGGAGAUACUACACACCCCUACUGGAGGAUGGAAGGAGGAGAUCAUGGAGGAUGCGGCUCAGGCCAGUGCGUUCCCCCAGCACCACUGUGGGGGGGGAGGUCCAAGGGUUCGCACGGUGGAGAACAUUAUGUUCAGGACGCUGAAAGAGAGGCUGGACCACAGACACGUUACCCUCGACAACCAUAUCUGGGCAACGGCCAGUAGCUCAGACGGAAUGCUGUCGUUGAGAGAUCAAAAGAAGGCUAAGCCACGCCUCCUGACAGCGCAGGACUGCCUCAGUGUGAUCAAAAAGAGGAUCGAGAACAUCCACGGGGACAUCCUGUCAGCGUUCCGUGUGAUGGAUCAGAACUGUGACAGCGUGGUGGACAGGCAUGACUUCAGAGAGCUGUAUGACAGUCUGGGCCUGGUCACUAAGGAGUACCAGCGCCUGCUGCAGCUGCUGGGCCUGCAGCCUGGAGCCAACCUCAACUACCCAGAGUUCUUCACCCUCGGUCUGGUCUUCAAGAAGGACCUCAGGAGUCUCUUCUUUACCUACGACCUCCCCAUCAGUCCUGAUGAGUUAGAGGAACUAGAGCUGGGCGUGGAUCCAAAGGAGGUGGGACAUGUGAGGAAGGAUGCAGACACCACCCCCAUACAUGGUCUCCCUGCAGGGGCUACGUUGACCGAGAGUCUGGUGUGGCUCUGUCCUGGGAGAGCUGCUGGUAGGAUACGGGAACUGGUCACUGCAUCGAUGGAUAUACUCCACAAGGCCUUCUCUGCCUUAGACAGGAGUGGGAACGGGGCGGUCACCCCUUUGGAGUUCCGGCGGGUGCUGGGCCAUUUCUGUGCCCGCCUCUCGGACCCCCAGUUCAGAUUCCUGCUCGACAGAAUGAAUCUGAACUGGGAGUACCACACGGUGUACUGGAGAGACUUCCUCAACCAGUUCAACCUGAACACAGAGUGGGUCAGUGAGAAAGUUGUCUCCGCCUGCCUGUACAACAUCACCAAGGAGCUGGAUGACACCAUCUCCAAAGAGGACUUCAGAAUGAUGUGUGACCGCCAUUUCAUGAGGCUCACCUUUGACCAGUUCGAGAGGGUGUGGGAGAAGCUGCCAGUGAAUGUGCUGGGGGAUCUGGAGUACAGGGAGUUCCUGAAGCACGCCAGGGGAACUGUUGCGAUAAGGGACAAGACCACAGACCCAGAGGACAUCUGUCCCCUGAAAUCCGCAUCACCAUCAUCCCCUGGGCUCAUAGAUAUGAUGUCACCAUCACCACCAUCCCCUGGCCCCAUAGAUAUGUCAUCUUCCCCACCAGCUCUACAGAGGCCAAAGACUACAGGCCUCAACCUCCAACGCUCAAAGUCGGAGGUGGAGAGGGAAAGCCCCCUGGUGAACUGUGGGGAGGUGGAGAGGAGGGUGAAGGGGGAGGUACAGCACUGCUGGAGGGACAUCCAGAGGUGCAGGGAAGAAGACAGAGACAGAGAGAUCAGCACAAACUGCUUCCUGGGUAUCCUCCAAGGCCUCAACGUCAGUGUGACCCAGAAGGAGCUAGAUCGGCUGGCCAUAAAAUUCGACAUGAGGGACAGUGGGCGCAUGUCAUAUCCUGACUUCCUACGUCACUUCCUCCUCAACCUCGAACCGCCAGCGGUCAGACAGCCCUUUGAGCGGCCCAAACUACCUCUCCCCACUACACCGAUGAGUGUGGGUGUUUUCUGUAGACAGUGUGUGGAAGCCAUGCUGAGGCUCUAUGACCCGGUCCAGCAGUUCUGGCGCUCCAUGAGGCAAAACUUUGUUACCUUCGAGCACACCCGCAGUGGCAAAAUCUCCAUGAAGGAAUUCAGAAAGGUGCUAAGGCAGUUCAGAGUGAACCUAUCCGAGGAGGAAUUCUUCCACCUCACCUCUUUCUUUGACAAAAACACUACGGGGAAGUUCUCCUACAAUGACUUCCUACGGGGCUUCCUACACUGA